UUUUCCUUGCAUGGAUGAACUUAUCCCUUUUGUAUGAGGAAAUUACGAUGUAGGGUUUUUCUCUCUUCUGUUAUUUUGAUGAUUGGUGAAGUGAUAUGGUUUGUUAGAAGGAAUGCGCGUAACGUGGGGGAGAGGUAUAGAUGAUUGCACACACAUUCCUCGCUUUCUCCUAUCCUCUUGCUGUUGCUGGUAUAAAAAAGUAUAUAUAAGAUUUGCUGUUGGGAUUUCAACAAAAGCAUUGUGCUCAUUUUUCAUGGCUUCCACUACUAUAUUGGGUCUUUUUUUAUUGUUUUCACUCGGUGGGGUAGUUGCAGAGGGAUUAUCAAAUGAUCCCAACUUUAAUUAUAACUAUGCAGUCACAUUCGGAGGAGAUCACGUUGUUUCUCUUGAUCAAGGAAGAGAAAUUCAACUCACCAUGGACAAAUCCACUGGCUCUGGGUUUGGAUCCAAAUUCGAUUAUGGUUCAGGAUUCUUCUAUAUGAAGAUAAAAUUACCUGAUAAGGAUACUGCAGGAGUUGUUACAUCUUUCUAUCUGUCAUCGCAUAAGAGGAGACAUGACGAGGUGGAUUUUGAGUUUUUAGGUAACAGAGAAGGGAAGCCAUACACACUCCAAACCAAUAUUUUCGCAAAUGGUCAAGGAAAUAGAGAACAAAGAAUUCGUCUCUGGUUCGAUCCUACACUCAAUUUCCAUACUUACAAAAUCCUAUGGAACCCAUAUCAAUUAGUGUUUUUCGUGGACAACAUCCCAAUCAGAGUUUUCGCCAACAAAACAAAUAUAGGAGUUGGUUAUCCAUCAAAACCAAUGCAAGUGCUUGCCAGCUUGUGGGACGCUGAAGAUUGGGCCACCGAUGGGGGCCAGGCAAAGACUAAUUGGACUUGUGCACCGUUCAAAGCCAACUUUCAAGGUUUCAAUGUAGAUGGAUGCAAAUCAUAUGAUCCGAACAUUUCACCUUGUUAUUCAUCUAGCCUAUGGUGGAACUCAGCAGAGCACAUGAGACUAAGCCCUGCCCAACAGAUACUAUAUGAAUAUGUGAAAAAGCGUUACAUUACGUAUGACUAUUGCUCUGACAAACCAAGGUUCCCAACACCUCCACCUGAGUGCCCACAGUGAGUGAGUCCUUGGCUACCCAGAAGGUUGUAAUAAAUCAAUAGAUAGAACAUCUUGAUGGGGACAGUCCAACCAACUGAACAUGAGACCAUGUCAUAAAUAAAUUCAUCCCAUCAAGAUUAUCAGACGAAUGGAAAAUAUGGUGGGUUUUUUUUUUUUUCCUUUUACACACAUCCAAAUUCAAAUGUAACC